GCUGGCUGCGAUGUGGGGUUUUUUGUGUGUAGACACCUCAAUAAUGUACAAGGUACUGUCUGGAAAACUAAGUUGUUUAAACACCUCCAAACAGAAGGGGCGAAAUCGUUCAAUUAUAUUGCAAUUGGCUUUGAGACAGGGCAUGCACCACCGAAGAAGAACACCCGGAAGUAAAGUAUUGUUAAGAAAUCUCAGAUGGCGCGAUUCUUCAAAAACGUCAACAGACUUUGAUACAUAAAGAUUAAUCUUCUAAAACGAGUGACAAUUGUAUCGAAAAUGCCCUUGUCUACUCAGUCUCAGACUGAAGGUGACAACUACGUCCUUGUAGCUAGUCUGGACAAUGUCCGGAAUCUGUCCAACAUCUUGAAAGCUAUCACCUUCAAAGAUCAUGCAAUUUUCAAUGCCACACCAAACGGGUUGAAAGUCACUGUGGAGGACUCUAAAUGUCUGCAAGCCAAUGCCUUCAUUCAGGCUGAGAUCUUCCAGGAGUUUACCAUCAGAGAGGACUCAGUGGGGUUUCAGGUCAAUCUGACCGUUCUUCUGGACUGUCUCACCAUCUUCGGGGGAAGCACAGUACCAGGAGUGGCCACUGCCUUGCGGAUGUGCUACAACGGAUAUGGCUACCCCUUGACCCUGUUCCUAGAGGAGGGUGGUGUGGUGACGGUGUGUAAGAUCAACACCCAGGAGCCAGAAGAGCCCAUAGACUUUGAGUUCUGCAGCACCAAUGUGACUAAUAAAGUCAUCCUGCAGUCGGAGAGUCUGAAGGAGGCCUUCUCUGAGCUGGACAUGACCAGUGAGGUCCUGCAGAUCACCAUGUCUCCCAGUCAGCCAUACUUUAGGUUGUCUACCUUUGGGAAUUCUGGGAAUGCCCAUUAUGAUUACCCAAAAGACUCUGACAUGAUGGAGCUGUUUCAGUGCACAAAGACUCAGACUAACAGGUACAAGAUGUCUCUCCUGAAGCCGUCCACCAAGGCCCUGGCUCUAUCCUGCAAGGUCUCGGUGAGGACAGACAGUAGAGGGUUCCUGUCUUUGCAGUACUUGGUCAGGAAUGAUGAUGGACAGAUCUGCUUCGUUGAAUACUACUGCUGUCCGGAUGAGGAAGUGGAAGAGGAGUAGGGAGAAUAGGAAUAUUGUUGUACAAGAAUACGAGGCUCAAAUGUUUUAGAUGUUAUUCUAAAGCAAAACUUGCCUCUUUUUUUUCACUUGGCCCUGUUAUUUGGAUUAUAUUCUUUGACUGUGUUAUUUGUAAAUAGUGUUGGCUCUGGUACAUUUUAAAAUUAUUUCUCAAUUUG